CUAUUUUUGGCCAGAGCGUUAGCUGAUUGAGUUUUGUACCCUCCCUGUCUUUUUGGCAAGCAAUUGUGCGGAUAGCUCGGGAAAAGAGUGUUGUCCUUCCCGGUGGGAUGAGAAGACAGCUGUCGCAAAAUACUUUUCCAAAGAAGCGUCACUGGACGCGUCUUAAAUAAUCCACUCGUUGGCAGAAGCGCACUGCGCUGUGGCGCACCUUACCCGCUGCUGCCUCAGUUCCUCUGGGAAAAGAGACUCCAACGCCGGAUUGCUUUUGAAGAAAUUUCGAAUAAAUCGUAUCGUUCCUCAGUUUUUGUUUCCACAAUUGUUGACAACUUCAUUGUAAAAAUAUUUUAAGAAUAAGAAGGCGCGUCCCAGAAGACCAUGGAGACUAACCCUAUACCCAUUUUGACUAUCCAAACGUCCCCUUUCGAUGACCAGAGACCAGGGACAAACGGCCUGAGAAAGAAGACAGCUGUUUUUGAGAGUAAAAAGAACUAUCUUCAAAAUUACAUCCAAAGUGUCCUUUCCUCCAUCGACUUGAGGGACCGUCAGGGAUGCACGAUGGUUGUAGGCAGCGAUGGAAGAUACUUCAGCCGGGCAGCAACUGAAGUUAUCGUGCAGAUGGCAGCUGCCAACGGGAUUGGACGUCUGGUCAUAGGACACAACGGGAUCUUGUCGACUCCAGCUGUGUCCUGCAUCAUCAGGAAGAUAAAAGCCAUUGGUGGGAUAAUCCUCACUGCGAGCCACAGUCCAGGAGGCCCAGGAGGAGACUUUGGGAUCAAAUUCAAUGUCGCUAAUGGAGGUCCGUCUCCAGACACAGUGAUGGAGAGAAUCCAUCAGGUGAGUCGCACACUAGAGGAAUACGCUAUCUGCCCUGACCUUCACAUCGACCUGUCCCGCCUCGGCCGUCAUGACUUUGAUUUGGAGAACAAGUUCAAGCCCUUCAGAGUUGAGAUUGUAGACUCUGUUGAGAUCUAUCUGAACAUGCUGCGAGGGAUUUUUGACUUUGGUGCGAUUAAGAGCUUGCUGACAGGACAACAGCUGAAGAUCAGAAUAGAUGCCAUGAAUGGAGUUAUGGGACCCUAUGUCAGAAGAAUCCUAUGUGAUGAGCUCGGGGCUCCAGCUAACUCUGCUGUUAACUGUGUCCCACUGGAGGACUUUGGAGGCCAACACCCCAACCCUAACCCUGCAUUCGCUGCAUCACUGGUGGACUCUAUGAAGGGGGGAGAGUUCGGAUUUGGGGCUGCUUUCGAUGCAGACGGGGAUCGUUACAUGAUUAUGGGUCAGAAUGGAUUCUUUGUGAGUCCGUCAGAUUCACUGGCAGUGAUGGCUGCAAACCUUUCCUGCAUCCCUUACUUUAGUCAGAGGGGAAUCCGAGGCUUUGCCCGCAGUAUGCCAACCAGCACUGCCAUUGACAGGGUUGCUAAGGCAAUGAAGGUAGCACUUUACGAAACUCCCAGUGGCUGGAGAUUCUUUGGCAACCUGAUGGACUCUGGGAGGUGUUCAUUUUGUGGAGAGGAGAGCUUUGGAACAGGCUCGGACCACAUUCGAGAUAAAGAUGGCCUGUGGUCAGUACUGAUAUGGUUGUCCAUCAUGGCUGUUCGUAAGCAGGGGGUGGAAGAAAUAGUAAGAGAUCACUGGGCCAAAAUGGGACGCAACUACUUCUGCAGGUUUGAUUAUGAAGGUGUGGAUGGCAGGGCGGCACAUUACCUCAUGAAAGAUUUGGAGGCUGUUAUCACUGAUAAAGCCUUCACCAGUCAGAAGUUUGCAGUGGGCAAUAAUAUCUACAGUGUGGAGAAGGCCGAUAAUUUUGAAUACAUCGACCCAGUGGAUGGCAGUGUUUCUAGGAAACAGGGCCUAAGAAUAAUUUUCACUGACUCUUCCCGAAUAAUAUUACGGCUCAGUGGUUCUUGUGCUGGAGCUGGGGCCACCAUCCGCAUCUAUGCUGAGAGCUACGAGAGAGACCCCGAGAGACACAGCAGAGAGACUCAGGUUGUGCUGGGCCCUCUCAUUGCCAUUGCUCUAAAGAUCUCGAACAUCCAUGAACGAACUGGAUGCAAAGGCCCCAAUGUCAUCACCUGAGACCAACCCAGCACUGCACACCAGGGGCCAAAAUCACGAGACUUUGUCUCCUCGCUUUCCUGUUUCUGCAACACCACAAAGAAUGUGCCAGCUGUUUGUUUUGCUGCUGUUUUUCCAUAUGUUUUUCCUCCAUCUGUACAAGGGCCCCUGUUAAGCUGUCACUUAUUUUGCACAUUUAUACACUCAUGUAAACCACAAAAAAUUCAAAUUGGAGAAAAGAUUUUUCUCUACGCUAACACAAAAAGCGCCUGUAUGACAUGGAGGUUAUAUAUAGCUCACCUAGUAUUUUCAAUAUGCUGAUUUGAAUCAGCUGGGGUCUAAAUCCAAAGUAUGGUGAAUUUGGUGUAACUGAGUGCUUUUGUUUACAAUGUAGCUGAGCUGUUACAAAGAAAUUUAUUCAAGACAAUCGAUUAAAUGAGGGAGCAAUGCUGUUCAGUAGAAAAGCAAAAAAGAAUCUAUGUGAUUCUACUGCUAGAGGUUAUAUCCAACAGUGAGCCACAACACUUAAAGAAUAAUUAUAAAAGUUGUCUUGGUUUUGUUGCUACAGAUGUUACAUCCUGCUUUUAAUCUGUUAACACUGGGUGUGAUUUGCAAUUUUCUGACCACUUUCUGAAAUGUGAAGUCUUGAACCAUCCUCAAAAUGAACCUGUGACAUGAUUCGAAAUGAGUACAAGGUUUUUUGUUUUUAUUUUUUCCCUUUUGUGUCCUAUCUGGCAUGUUGCCAUGUAUAUCUGAGUACCUCUGACACUUUCACAGAAGAAUGCUUGAAAAUUAAAAUUAAGAAUAACAUACUUCAAAGUUUAAUUUGCCCAAUGAAACCCUUUUAACUCAAAAUUUUAACUUAAUAAUUUCUAGUAAUGAUUCUUUAAUACAGUGUUUGCUCUAAAUUUAAAAUCUUGCAUGAUCAGCUGUCUGCGUAUAAGAUGGAUUGGUAAAACUUUACAAUAAGGGUCCAUUUGUUUACAUUAGUUAACAACGUUAGUUAACAUGAACUAACAAUGAACAAUACUUUUACAGCAUUAAUGAAUCAUGUUUACAGUUUAUGCACUAUGAACAAACAAUGAAAAGUUUUGUUUUUAUUAACUAACAUUAAUAAAUACUGUAAACGUAUAUUCAUUUAUAUUUAUAGGUUUAUUGUUACUUCAUGAUACCUAAUGAAUUAACUAAUGUUAACAAAUGGAAUCUUAUUGUUAAUUGUUACCGAUGGAUUAUGUGCAUUCCAUUGUGUGAUGAGAGCUUUGUUUUGACUCUUUAGUGUUUGAAGUACAUUACUAUUAUUAUUACUAUCAUCAUCAUUAUUAUUAUAUAACAAUUGUGUCUAUUGUAUUACAUAAAUGCAUUCAGUAUUUAUGCAAGAGUUUAAUGUAUUGCAAAUAAACUGGCAGGCAAAAGUUUGGAAUAAUGUACAGAUUUUGCUGUUUCAGAAGGAAAUUGGAACUUUAAUUCACUAAAGUGGCAUUCAACAGAUCACAAAGUAUAGUCAGGGCAUUACUGAUGUAAAAAAAACAGCACCAUCACUAUUUGAAAAAAGUAAUUUUUUAUAAAAUCUAGACAGGCCCCAUUUCCAGCAGCCAUCACUCCAACACCUUAUCCUUGAGUAAUCAUGAUACAUUGCUAAUUUGGUAUUAGAAAAUCACUUGCCAUUAUAUCAAACACAGUUGAAAGCUAUUUGGUUCAUUAAAUGAAGCUUAACAUUGUCUUUGGGCUUGUUUUUGAGUUGCCACAGAAUGCAAUAGACUGGCAUGUCUUAAGGUCAAUAUUAGGUCAAAAAUAGCACAAAAGAAACAGCUUUCUCUAGAAACUCGUCAGUCAAUCAUUGUAUUGAGGAAUGAAGGCUAUGCAAUGCUUGAAAUUGCCAAAACGUUUAAGAUUUCAUUCAAAGGUGUACACAACAGUCUUCAAAAGACAAAGGACUACUGGCUCUAAUAAGGACAGAAAGAGAUGCGGAAGACCAGAUGUGCAACUAAACAAGAGGAUAAGUACAUCAGAGUUUCUAGUUUAAGAAAUAGAUGCCUCACAUGUCCUCUGCUGACAGCUUCAUUGAAUUCUGCCCGCUCAACACCAGUUGCAUGUAAUACAGUAAAGAGAAGACUCAGGGCUACAGGCCUUAUGGGACGAUUUGCAAAGAAAAAUCCACUUUACAAACAGAAAAACAAAAGGUUGUGGGCAAAGAAACACAGACAAUGGACAGCAGAUAAUUGGAAAAGAGUGUUAUGGAUCUUAACCCCAUUGAGCUUUUGUGGGAUCAGCAAGACUGUAAGGAGCGUGAGAAGCACCAGAGUAUCUGGACAAACUGACAGCUAGAAUGCCAAGGAUCUGCAAAGCUGUCAUUGCUGCACAUGGAGGAUUUUUUGAUGAGAACACUUUGAAGUAAUUUUCAAAUCGUAAUAGUCAUUUUUCACGUUAUUAAUGUCCUGACUAUAUAUUGUGAUCAGUUGAAUGACACUUUGGUGAAUAAAAGUACCAAUUUCUUUCCAUAAGAGCAAAAUCUGUAUAUUAUUCCAAACUUUUGGCCACCAGUGUGCAGUGUUUGAGUGCAUUUGACAGAUUCUUUUAUUUUAUUUUGCAGAUCCUUAAAAUUGAAGGUUUGCCCUCUAAAACCCUUCUGAUCGGCACAAUCGCCCUGUACAGAUUUUAAGGAAUCAAAGGUGAAAUAAAAUUUCACCAACUACUUCGGCAAAAGAAAGAAUGAAAAUUAAACAAAUUUCCUUAGCUGUGAUUAAUUUUGUAUCCUAAAUCGUGCAAAUAAACUUGAUCUUU